AAGCGUCUGUUCUGUCUUCUCCAUCCUGCAAAACGCUCCCAAGUAGGUCUACCGUCCAGACAGAGCCUGGAAGAUUAGAGAAAUUCUCUAUCAUGUCAUCCACAUCCGAAACCACUCUUGGGACUCCGUCCAAACCUAUAUCGAAUGGUAAUCCAAGAACUCCUCUACCCGAUGGUCCACCAAACUCCGCUUCUUCACCGACCAUAACGGUAUCACCCAGGAAGGUCACCCCUGAGGCUUCUGGAGUAGAUAUUCAAGUCCCGUCAUCCAUAAUACCACCUGAAUCCGAGUCUGCUCCGGUCAAGAAACCUGCAAGGGUCGACAGUCAUGAGACCCAACAGCCCGAAGAGACUGAUGAGGAGGACGAGGACGAGGAAGAUGAGGAGGACGAGGAUCAGGAUUUGCCAAAGUUUGACUGGAGUGAUUUUGAGCAUCGUUAUACGGAGACGCUCAAAAGCCAACAUGAAGAAGAGGUCGAGAUCAUCGAUGAAUUUGACUUAUAUGCAACGUCUUUUAUGGUCUGGGCUCAAGCUGCUGCUCAGCGAGAUAAUGGUAGAAUGUCCAAGAGACUCAAAACCCGCGUCAGAUUUACCCAGCUAGCUGAGGAAUCCUUGGAAGACAAAAAGAAUCAUUAUUUGGAAGUUGUUGGUGCUUUCCAAACGGCUAUGAAUAUGCUUCGCCGAACAUGAUGAACAGGCGAAAGUCUUACUCUGUCGCGCCAUAGCCUGCCAAAAUCAUGUUACAUAUCGGUAUGCCUUGUUUUUGGCGUUGUUUGUCCCGAUUAUGGCAGGCAUGGAGCAUCUUGCUGUUCUUGGGGGCCAGAUUUCCAUAAAGCUUCCGUUCUUCCAUGUUACUAUAGCUAGCUAGCUACCGAGAUACCCAAUUGCACAGCCUUUCCUUCUGUAGCAAAUUCAAUUUAAGCGCUUUGAUGGUAGGGAAUAAUCACCUUCGCCAAUGCCUGUAUAUCAUUGGUAGAGCGGCUCUUCUUAUGCAUUUCAAGUAGCUACAAGAGUCUUCAGAUAAGUCAUGCAAUUUUUCAAGGAGC